UCCGCCUCGCCACAAUGACAAUUCCCCAAGACCCAGAGAGCUCCUUCGGCCUCGAGCCCCCCGCCGCCUACGAAUACGACCUGGGCACGUACUCGCUGCCCAUCGCCUCCGCCGCGCAGACAUGGUUCGACCGCGGCCUGAACUGGACAUAUGGCUUCCACCACACCGAAGCCGUCCGUUGUUUCCGGUACGCGAUCCACACGGAUCCCAGCUGCGCCAUGGCGUACUGGGGCCUCGCGUACGCCGCGGGACCCAACUACAACAAGUGGUGGGGGAUGUUUGCCCCCGACGAGCUCGCGGCCGUGCUGCCCAUGGCACAUGCUGCGGCUGUGCGCGCGACCCAACUCGCUACGCGGCCGCUCGAGAAGGCGCUGGCAGGCGCGAUCGCCGCGCGCUUCCCCGCUAACGCGGGGACGGCGGAGGACUUCUCCGCGUGGAACCACGCGUAUAUCGCCGCUAUGGCGGGCGUGUACGAGGCCUUUGGCGACCAACUCGACGUCGCGGCCAUCUAUGCCGACAGCAUGAUGGCGCUUGCGCCGUGGCAGCUCUGGGACUUGCAUACUGGCGCGCCGCGCGAAGACUCGCAGACGCUGCGCGUCAAAGAGGUGCUGGAGCGCGCGCUGGGCGCGCCCGGCGCCAUGGCCCACCCCGGCCUCCUCCACCUCUACAUCCACCUAAUGGAGCUCUCGCCGACGCCCGAAGUCGCGCGCGCGCCCGCGGACGCGCUCCGCGCCCUCGUCCCGGACGCGGGCCACCUGCGGCACAUGCCGGGCCACAUCGACCUGCUCGUCGGCGACUAUGCGCGUGUGCUCUCGGGCGCGGCCGACGCCAUGGCCGCCGACGACAAGUAUCUCGCGCACUUUGCGCGCGACUUUUACCAAUUCUACACGCAACACAACGCGAGCUUCGCCGUCUACGCGGCGAUGAUGGCGGGGCGGGAGGCGCCCGCCCUCGCCGCGUGCGAGCGGAUGGAGCGCGCCCUCCCCGACGACUUUUUGCGCACGCCCAACCCCCCCAUCGCCGACUGGAUGGAGGGCUUCCUCACGUACCGCGUGCACGUGCUCGUGCGCUUUGGGCGGUGGGACGCGCUCCUCUCCCUCCCCUUCCCCGAGGACCGCGCGUUUUACACCGUCACCACCACCACGGUGCAUUACGGGCGCGCGCUCGCGCUCGCCCUCACGGACCGGGUGGCAGAAGCCGAGGCCGAGCGCGACGCCUUCCGUGCGUCGCGCACGCGCAUCCAGCCCACGCGCCAAGCUUUCCCGAACCAGUGGAAGGACAUCUUCGACAUCGCCGAGGAGAUGCUGUCCGGCGAAAUCGCUUAUCGCGCCGGCGCGGUCGAGGAAGGAUUUGCGCAUCUGCGCCGCAGCAUCAAGCUGAGCGAUAACCUCAUAUACGCCGAGCCGUGGGGGUGGAUGCAGCCGCCGCGGCACGCGUACGGCGCGCUCCUUCUCGAGCAGGGCGAGGUGCAGGCCGCCGCGGCGGCGUAUGCCGAAGACCUCGGGCUGGCGGAUACCGUGCCCCGCGCUCUCCAGCACCCGAACAAUGUUUGGGCGCUGCAUGGGUACCAUGAGUGUCUCGUGCGCAUGGGGCGCACGGACGAGGCGCAGAAAGUCAAGCGCGACCUCGACACGGCGGUGGCUGGCGCCGACGUCCCGAUCGAGAGCUCGUGCCUGUGUCGCCGCGUCACCGUCAAGGCCUGUUGCGAGAAGAACUAGUGGGCCCGUCGAGGUUUGCAGUUCCGUCUGUCGUUUCUAGUGCGCGUGUACAGCAGUGUAUUAUUCUCAGGUAUCCAAUGCAGCUUCCUAUGCAGUCGCAG